GCGACGUAAAGUACGUCGCGCGUAUUAUCGUUGCUCGAAAAAGUUCCAAUUAAAAAAGUACGACUGUCUUGGCCGAUUUUAAACGAAGCGGCGGGAAUAUUUGACAGUUGUCAAAAUUCUCGUUUACAGCCGACGGUGUGAAAAUAUAUUUGUGAUGUGUCUAAGUUUAAAUGCGUGACAUUGUUACAUAAAUAUUUUCGAAAUAAAAGCCUGAAUAACUCGGUCAUUUACUGAGGUUUCUGCUCGUACGCACAUCGCGUAACGUCAUAAAAGUCGCCGAAGUCAGUUCGCGACCGACCGCCGGUGAAGGAGGACGUCGCGCCCGGUGGAAUUUGAUAUAUAAAUUGAAUAACAACUAAAUGGAACGGAUUUAGUGUUUGUGUGGUGUUGUGUGAUAUUGUGAUUAUUAAAUAAUUGUGAUCGACAGUCAAUAUGCAGGGCCGGGACAAGUUAUGUGCUAAGCUCACGAGCGCAUUCCUCAGAAAGUGGUGGUUCGUGCUGGCGUCAGCGGUGGUGCUGCUCCUCCUCGGCAUAAUAUGCGCGAUAUUCUUCGGUACCUGGGUCCGGAUGUUCAUUGACCAUGAGCUGGUGCUCCGCCCUGGCUCGAUGACGUUCGAGUGGUGGGCGCGACCGCCCGUGCGACCGUUCGUCCGCGUGUACGUCUACAACGUGACGAACGCUGACGAGUUCCUCAACAAUGGCUCCAAGCCGGUGCUGGACGAGUUGGGACCUUAUGUUUACUCCGAGGAGUGGGAGAAGGUGAAUAUAACGGACAACGAGAAUGGAACCUUGUCGUUCCACUACAAGCGGACGUACACCUUCAUGCCGGAACUCAGCGCCGGACCCGACGAUGACUCCGUCGUCGUGCCGAACAUACCCAUGUUGAGUGCAACCUCCCAAUCUAAAAACGCAGCACGUUUCCUCCGCCUCGCGAUGGCUUCCAUUAUGGAUAUCCUGAAGAUCAAGCCAUUCGUGGAGGUGUCGGUGGGACAACUGCUCUGGGGGUACGAGGACCCGCUCCUGAAACUAGCCAAGGACGUCGUGCCGAAGGAACAGAAGCUACCGUACGAGGAGUUCGGUCUCUUCUACGGGAAAAACGGAACGUCACCCGAUGAAGUAACCAUGUUCAGUGGCGCAUCAGACAUCACCAAGUACGGGAUCUUCGAGCGGUACAACUACAGGGAGCGCCUUCCUCACUGGACCACGGACGAGUGUAACAGCAUCGCCGGGUCCGACGGGUCCAUCUUCCCUCCACACAUCACGAGAAACGACAGCCUGGCGGUCUACGACAAGGACCUGUGCAGGCUUUUACCUCUCAGAUAUCUGAAGGACGUGGAGUCGGCGGCGGGCGUGCAGGGCUUCAGGUUCACUCCGCCCGAGGACGUGUUCGCUAACGACGAGCACAACAAGUGCUUCUGUCCCGCGGGCCCGCCGUGCGCGCCCAACGGGCUCUUCAACGUGUCCCUCUGUCAAUAUGAUUCUCCUAUAAUGCUCUCGUUCCCUCACUUCUACCUCGCCGACCCUCGCCUGCGGGACGCGGUGGAGGGCGUCUCCCCCCCGGACCCUGAAGCUCAUCGUCUCUACAUCGACGUACAACCCGAGAUGGGCACGGCGCUGCGUGCCCGCGCGCGUAUCCAGAUCAACCUGGCCGUGUCGCAAGUCGUCGACAUCAAGCAGGUCGCCAACUUCCCGGACAUCGUGUUCCCCAUUCUGUGGUUCGAGGAGGGCAUCGACGAGCUGCCGGAGUCGGUGUCGUCCAUGCUGCGCCUGGCGACGGCGCUGCCGCCCGUGGCGCGCGCGGCGCUGGGCUGGGGGCUGUCCGCGCUCGGCCUGCUGCUCAUCCUGCUGGCCGUCACCUGCCUCAUACGGUCGUCCCAUCGUCAGAGCACCCUGAGACUGGAAGGUCACGCGGUCGCCAAGCCGACUCCAGCGAAAACUCCGAGCAAAGAGAACGGAUACGAGUUGAACAAUAGAAGAUAACGUGUAGGGAACCGCGCAUCGUAUGUAUAAACUUGUGUGUAACUGUUUUGGCAACGCUACUUCUACCAUUUUAUAUAAAAAAAAACUACAACUUUCACAUACAAAUGGCACAACUUUAAGGCUACAAAACAGUUACAUACACACGUCAGUAGCAUUAAAAGUAUAGAUUUAAAAAAUAUAUCAAAUUCUAUGUAUAAAAAUAUUAUCGUUAAUUUUGAUGUGUAACGACUUUUUUUUAAUAGCACUUUAAAACUGAAUGCGAUUUAAAAUCGGCGGGAAAAAUGACAUAUUUGUUUAAUUUUAGCAUUUUUACUCGUUAAGAAACCACCUUUUAACAUAAAUAUUAUUAGCUUUUUUUUAAGUUAUCUUCCAACGAAUGUGAUAAUUCAAAUUUAAGAUUCGAACAAAUUUAUGUUUUUUUUAGUUUUAAAAUUGACAUUCGGAAAAUUAUGACUAUUUUUAAUCUGUAAAUAUUUUAUAUCUUCAAUCGGGCUUCGGGUUGCCAUUAUAAAAAAUCUCUUCGGUUUUAAGGCAGGUAGCAUAGACGUUGGGAGGGGGGCGCGCUAUCUAAGCGCUUAGAUAGACACUUGUUCAGUAUCAAAAAUAUCUCGUAAUAUAUAAAGGUCUUUUGAGAAUAGUUUUACGAAUGCGAUGAAAAAUAAUUGAUUAUUGUUUAAUUCGAUAUGCAGAGUUAAUUACGAUUUACAAUUUACCAAAAUGUAUAAUAUAAUAGUAUACAGCUACAACAAACGGCGGAAUAUUUGCUCAAAAAUCCAGCAAAUAAUUUGGUAUUCAAUUUAGAACUUUACAAUAUUUUUUUUUUUUUUUCGAGCAGUUUUGAGAGAUGUCAAAGGCUGAAGGUUGCGCGUUCCGCUCCGAGUGUCGUUUGUAAAAUAUUAACGUAUCGGUAGACUAGUCUGUAUCCGUCCUUAGGUUAAGGUGUACUUUACUUUUUUUUUUACCAAUUAACUUUUUUUAUCUUAAACCUAUCAAGGUAUGGUGUUGAAAUAUUAUUAGUCAUAUUUAAAAUGAUUUUAAUUCUUCGUUAUAUAUACAUAUUUUACAUCACGACUUUAAAGUUAUUAAAGAACUACAUAUGUUUAAAAUUUUUGUUACAAUUGUCGGUUUAAUGAUCAAACUAUUAAAUUCCGAAUUAAUUAGACGAAUAUAAAAUGAUUGACUCAUAUUACAGAAGACAUACGUUUUUUUUUAAGUUUGGUAGUUACGACGUUUUGUCGUUUAACUACUCAACUAUUCAUAUAUAUAUAUAUAUAUAUAAACAUUCUAAUUGAGACACAACGCACAGACACUUCUGUAAGAAGGACAUGAUAUUGUCUCCGCUUUGUGACUAACUUCUGAUCGGCAAACUUAAAAUGCGCAAUUAACUAAGUUAUAAAAUGGGAGCGGGUGCUUAGUGGGGUACAAGUUAUAUAUUGAUUGAUUGAUUGAAACAUAAAGUUUAAACGACUCGUUAGAGAUUAAUAAAUUCUCAGUAGAAUAGAAUUGAAAGUUUGUAGACUUACUUUUAUUUAAGGAAUUAAAACAAAGGAAAAAUAUUUCUUCACGCUACGAUGAUAAAAAACAUACAUAUAUAACAAGAAAUUCUAAUAAAUGUAUGUCCAUUCAUCGUGCUACAGUAAACGAUUAUAUUUCAUAUACUUAAAUCAUGUUUCCUUUGCCCAGCGGUGGGACAUUAAAAUGCAGCUUCCCGACUAUACAAAAAUUAAUCAUCCUAACGCCGCAUGAUUAAUUGUGACGUGAUGCAAGGCGGGAGGUUGUGACGUAAUAAGUGACUCGAUUGUGACGUGUAACUGACAUUUGACAUUUGUGCGACGGUAAACAAAAACGUCAGAAACCCGAGGACGAUAUUCCGAUCAGCGCGUCGCGUCGGUUACAGUUGAAUUAUUUUCUGAAAUAAUUCAUUGAUUUUAUUCUGAGUUUUUGUUUACACAUUGUCGUAAUACAAUGUGUGAUCAAACAUGAUGGACGAGACUGGAAGCAGAUAAAACUAAAAAAAAAAAACGUUUUGUAACAGCCAAAAUAUUUUUGGAUAAAUUCUCUAUUUGAAGGUUUAAAUCUUAUAUAAAUAUUUUUGAUUAAUUUGUAAUUAUGAUUUUAUAGAAACAUCUUUGAAGUGUUUUUCAUUUAAACAUCCUUGUUUUGUUUAGAAUUUAAUUAAAUGUACGACAAAAUAUUUUUUACGUUACAAGAGUUUUUUUUUUAAUUUAUAAUUUGAGUUUACGAUUAUAGUUUAUUGUAUUUCGGUCACCACAUGUUUAACUGGUAUUUGAUUACACUUGGGAGAUGUUUUAAAUUUUAACUAUAUUAUCAAACAAUGUAAAAAGCGAAGUUAUAAAAAUAGUAAAGAUGUAUUUGUAUUGAUUGUUUUAAUGUAAGUAGUGGCAACACCGUGGCGAUAUCUCUGAAACCGAUCAUUUGAUAGGUCGAGGUCCGAACGGCGACGAGUGUACCUUAUUUUCAUUCCUUACGAGUUCAGUAAACUCUGCUGACUGUACAAUAUAAAAAAAUAUAUAUAUCUUCUUUAUUUUUCGAUAGGUCGAAGUCAGUCAGGAACAGCUGGCGCUCUUUAAUAAUUACCUCAAAUAAUAUUUUUAUCUAUAUAUUGUCAUUUUCUUUGUGUAUCUCCGUCUCGCUCGCUCGCUCGCUGCUAGUGUUGCCACAUCACCUACAAUUUGCUCAAAUUCGGGACUAAAUGUUAACGCAUGUUUACUUUGUGAAUGUUAAAUUGUGCGUAAUGUAAAUAAAUGAAUAAAGGUGUAAGUUAUAUUA